AUUUAAAUUGCACUAUUUUUUAUGUUGUUUUAUUUUCUUUGUGCUGAAUUUCGAUAGGUUUUCUUAUUUGUGCUGUUCAAUCUAUUUUAUUUAAGUUAAUUGAUUGUUUAGAUGUUGAUUUACUGGAAUUAUGAUGGAAAUGCGUGUGGUUUUGGUGCUUGAGUUGAUGACCUAUAAAUUAUAAUUUAUAGCUUAUAUUGAUUGUCUCGAAGUGUCAAUUGAAUGUAGACAUGCCACUAGAAUCUAAAUUUUUUUAAUUCAGAACCAGAAAUUAGGUCAUUGCACAAAGAAGAAAUUGUCUAGGAUAAUUUUAUGUAACUGAAAUUGAAAAUCUGAUUCGUUAUGCUGUCUGUGAGUUGGCCUGUGAUGACUGUGCUCCACCUCGUGUCUCUCUACACAAUUGCAAAGUCAUUUAGUACAGUGAUUCCAUGGUGAGAAGCUCACCGUCUGCCUUGGGGCCGCAGCUAAAGAUUAUUACCUCCAGCUGCCUCUGUGGUUUUCUCUUUCCAUUUUUUUCGUGGUGUCUUCUAAAAGGAAAUACGUCUCUACAGGGUUAGGAUGUUAAUCACAGUAUGCAAAUGCACUCAUCAUUGCUAAGGAGGCUUUCACUGGAGAGAGAAUUAGAGGGGCAUCAGGGUUGUGUGAAUGCUAUUUCUUGGAAUUCCACAGGUUCACUUCUGAUAUCUGGGUCAGAUGAUACACGUAUCAACAUUUGGAGCUAUUCUAGUCGAAAGCUUUUGCAUUCCAUAGAGACUGGGCACUCUGCAAACAUAUUUUGUACAAAAUUUGUCCCUGAGACUUCUGAUGAGCUUGUGGUUUCUGGGGCUGGAGAUGCAGAAGUUCGGCUAUUCAAUCUUUCUCGAUUUAGUGGGAGAGGCCUUGAUGAUAAUGCUAUUCCUCCAUCAGCUCUGUAUCAGUGUCACACCAGAAGAGUAAAAAAAUUAGCUGUUGAAGUUGGAAACCCACAUGUGGUUUGGAGUGCAAGUGAAGAUGGGACUUUGAGACAGCAUGAUUUUCGGGAGGGUGCUUCUUGUCCUCCUGCUGGAUCUUCUCAUCAAGAAUGUCGUAAUGUUCUGCUUGAUUUACGUUGUGGGGCACGGAGGUCUCUAGUUGAUCCCCCUAAACAAUCUCUUGCUUUGAAAUCUUGUGAUAUUAGUUCCACUAGGCCCCAUUUACUCCUGGUUGGUGGGAGUGAUGCAUUUGCUAGAUUAUAUGAUAGAAGGAUGCUCCCUCCAUUGACUUCCUGUCAGAAAAGAAUGCCACCACCUCCUUGCAUUAACUAUUUCUGCCCUAUGCAUCUUUCUGAACAUGGUUGUUCAAACUUGCACCUGACACAUGUUACUUUUAGUCCAAAUGGAGAAGAGGUUCUCCUCAGUUAUAGUGGAGAGCAUGUAUAUCUUAUGGAUGUAAAUCAUGAUCGUGGAAGUACUAUGCGAUAUACUGGAGGAGAUGCUUCAAAAAUGAUGAGUUUCAUGCAUGUACUUGAUGGGGUUCAACUGCAUCCACCAGUAUCUGAUGUUUCCUGCAAUGGUCUUGCUGCCAGGCUUGAAAAGUGCAGGAUGUUAAUUGAAAUUGCUGGAAAGUAUUUAGAUGAAGGGGGAAAUACUUUCUAUGGAAUUGAGGCGUGCAAUGAAGUUUUGGAAGGGCAUGGUAGUGAAAUUGGAUCCAUGCUGAGGCAUGAAUGUCUUUGCACACGUGCUGCCUUAUUGCUUAAGCGAAAGUGGAAAAAUGAUGCCUAUAUGGCCAUAAGAGAUUGCUACAAUGCUCGGAGAAUUGAUAACACUUCGUUUAGAGCUCACUACUACAUGUCAGAAGCUCUGGAGCAGUUAUUCAGAUAUAAAGAAGCUUUAGAAUUUGCUCUUGCCACGCAAUGUCUGGAUCCAUCCAAUUCCAGUGUUGCAGAAAAGGUGGAGAACUUAAAGAAGCAAAUUGCUGCAGCUGAAUCGGAAAAAAAUAAUAAGGUAAAUGAUGGUGCGGCAAGGCCUGAACCUCGAUCUGGAAGAGUACUCUCAUUGAGUGAUAUACUCUACCGGUCAGAGGCUAAUAGUGAUGCUUCUCAAGAUGGUCCAAGGUCUGAAAGAGAAGAUUCUGAUUAUGAUGAAGAAUUGGAGGUGGACUUUGAAACAUCAAUAUCAGGUGAUGAAGGGCGUGAUGUUGAAACCAAUGUUCUACAUGGAAGUUUGAAUGUGAGAAUCCAUCGAAGAGGUGAUUCCACUAGAGAAAUUGGUGGAAAUGGUUCCUGUGGUUCACCUGCCUCAUCAUCUCAAAAUAGUUGGACAUCUUACCAGCCUGAGGCAGCCGUUGAUAUGAAACGUAGAUUUGUUGGCCACUGUAAUGUUGGAACUGACAUUAAGCAAGCCAGUUUUCUUGGUCAACAAGGUGACUAUGUUGCUAGUGGGAGUGAUGAUGGUAGAUGGUUUAUUUGGGAAAAGCAAACUGGCAGAUUGAUCAAAAUGCUUGUUGGAGAUGAUGCUGUUGUUAACUGUGUACAGUGCCAUCCCUUUGAUUCUGUUGUAGCAACCAGUGGAAUUGAUAACACAAUAAAGAUAUGGACUCCUAGUGCUUCUGUUCCCUCAAUUGUUGCUGGAGGAGCAGCAGGACCAGAAACAGCUGAUGUAUUGGAAGCCAUGGAAAGCAAUCAACAGAAAUUAAGUCGUAGUCGUGAACCUAUCCUGCCCUUUGAACUUCUUGAACGGUUUCGAAUGCAUGAAUUUUCUGAAGGAUCCCUGCAUCCAUUUGAGUGUGCUCAGAGCUAACCAAUCAAGAUAGUUCAGAGGUUAGCAGGUCUCAUAGUUUGGGCCAUAACUGAAGCUAUGGAUUGCUGGUAAGUGAAAGUCAGCAGAGGUACUGGCAAAUAAUUAGUCUUGGCUUUAAGAUGCUACUGUGUAAAGGCAUUCGGGUUCCAAAAAAGUUGUUGUAAGUUAAAUGAAGCACAGCCUGAGCCCCUUAAUUUACUAUAAAUCUUCUUCUUGAUUAGUUUUGUGAUAUAUUUUUGUCAUUCAUUUGUUUCUGUUUCUGGGUGAUUUGUCUUGUAUAGUUGAAAAUAUCACUGUAUCUUAGGAUUCAUGUCACUCGAGUGAACAUGCUAAUAUGUUAAUAUUUUCACUUGUUUGUCGUACUAUCUUUUUACUGGCAGCUCAUCUUAUUGGGUUCAUCUGUCAGUUGUUUGGAAGUUAUAUUAAUGUUCCAGAUGCCUGAAAUCCCGUUGGCUUUAAUGAA